AUGAAAGGUCGCCUAGAUUCAACUUUACAUUUGGCAUCUUAUCUUUUGAAUCCGUAUUAUCAUUAUAAUGAUUCACAACUCCAAUAUGACCCCGAUGUAACGGAUGCGGUUCUUGAGUUUUUUGAUACAUUAUUUUGUGUAGAUUUAGAGAAGCAAAGGCAAGUAGUGACUAUUGACUUGCCAAUGUACAAGAAAAAAGUGGAUAGAUUUGGUUGUAAUCUUGCGAUUACACAUUGUAAGGUUAAUGAUCCCGACUUUGAUCCGGAUGAAGUAGAUCCUAAAACAGGUGAUGAAGCUCUAGCAACCGAUGUUAGUCAAGCACCCCGAGAAAUUCCAAGAACGAAGGAACUAUUAGAUGAUGAUUUUGAGUCCGAGAGUGAGAGUGAGGAGCAAGUGUUGGAAGAAGAAGAAUACGAGUCGGAUGGUGUUCAGAUAAUGGAAGUAUGCGGAGAAGAUUAG